AUGGACGCAACUAUCAACCUGCAGCCCCGUCUACCGGUUGACGUGGCGAUCAGUGAGAGGUCUCGCGCAUUCUACGAUGGCAGAUACAAGUGGGACUCAGACGGCUUCACCGAUGAUCAGGGCGUAUACCGCAAGUUCAAUUGCUAUGUUCCUGAAGCGCGCGCUCCUACACCGUUACCUCCCAUGUUCUCUGACGACUGUCAUGACAGCGCCCAGGAAGAAGAUACAAUCGAAGAUCAGGUGCAGACCCUCGACAUCGAUAGGGCCGUCAUAUCCAUAGACAGAGAAGUGCUCGAACUAGACACACCAUGUCCCAAGCGAAAUAGCAUUGCGGCUGGUACGAUUGAUGAUCGACUCACAGAGGGGAAAGAAUUGUUUACCGCAUCCUCCUCCAUCAACUGUCGUAAGCGGAACACCAAGGUGCCGCAAGACAAGCUCUCAACUGUAUCACAGAGUGAAAUCGUCGCCAGAUACCACGACGAAAGCACUGUCGUGGGCAAACUCAAGAGCAUCAUCAAGCACGCGGGAACCGAACCGAGCCUCAUUGAACAUUACAAGCUGUCUCGAAUAUCACGCCCAGAGAAGAAAGAGGCUAGUAAUUUGAAGAUGCCAGACACGCCACCUGAAAGUCCAACAGAAUCUGCGGCUGAAGCGCAUACCGCAAGCCCGGCGUCUACUACUUCUACGCUGUCCUCUGCUCCAUCCGAUCUGUCGGACCGGGACAAGGGUAUGGAUAUCGAUGUCCAAAGUGUUUCUAUGGUCUCCCAAAGCGAUGCAAGCAUGCCCGACACUCCGUCAAAAAGCCUACCCAAACCCAAGAUGAAAGCGAAGCCGCAAGCUACUACGCGCGGCGUGGCGCGGAAAGUCAUCAAAGGCGGUAAGAAGACCUCAGGUAGCAAGUCAAACCCGCUGAAGAGGAAGGAUGACAGCGUGGAGGCAUUUACGCUGUUGCAGCUACACUCUGGAGAGUUUCUGCGCAAAAGUGGAAGGAGAAAGUCCGUCAGGUUGACAAAUUCCGAAGGUAACUGA